GUAUAUUAAAAGGUUGAUUCAAAUCUAUAAGUGCACAUACAAUAGACAUCCAAAUAUUGUAUUCCUUACUAGAAAUUGUGAUUAAAGAAUGGUGAGUUUAUAAUCUAAUUAAGUUACAUUAACUAAUGAUAAUAAUUUUUUUAAAGAAAAUUUAUUGAUCAGUAUAAUGGAGACCUCCAUCCACGUGAACUGUGAACAUUGGAAUAAAACAAAAUUCGGAGAGAUUGUAUAAAUUCUUACAAAACUUCUCAGGUGGAAGGUAACGUAAAGUAAAGUAUGGUGUAAACAGAUUUCAUUUUUGUUCAAUCAUAAAAAGGUUAAAAAAAGAUGAAAAAUCAUCGAGCUGUUUAACAUUGAACGGAUCAACGUGAUCAAACUUGUUAGGGUCAACGUUCAGCCACCAAACUCCGUCUUCCCAAUGGAAGAAUUGGAGAACAAUCGAUGGAAUCAUAGACAAACAAGAAUCUGAAUGCUUCAACAAAUUCAAAACCCCUUUCAAUGGCGUCAUUAGCAACGGAUCUCUCCGCCUCCCUUUUCCUCAUCCCCAUUGGCCUUCGUCGCCUCCUCUGUUCUUCCUCCAUCUACCUUAACAACCCAUCUCUCUACCGAUCAAAAACCUGGUAUUUAUCAGAACCCAAAUGGAAAAAUUUCGAUUUAUAUUCCCUCAUCCUCCUCCUCCCCAUCGCCGCCUUCUCUGAAAUUUUCCUUUUUCUCGCCUUUUCCGGAAACCCCACUUACAAAUUCGCAUUCUCCCAGCAAUCACUGGCCAUUUUCUUCUUCUGGGCACUCGCCAUUCUCAUCGUUUUGCGGGAAAAUGUCGACCCUCUUCUUGUAAGUGAGAGUUUCAUCUUCGUUUUCGCUGGAAUCGCUUUUCUUGUUGAGUAUUCUGUGAUCGGUAAAGGGAUUACUGGUCUUGGUGGCGCUUUUUAUCACAUUUCUGGAGGAUUAACCAUUCUCUGCGCUUGUUCCUGCUUUUAUUUGUCUAUGAAACCAUCUGCAUUUUUCGCUGAAUUUCUACUUUCCUCUGGUUUAACGUUUAAGGGUACAUGGCUGUUUCAAGUUGGGUUGUCUUUGUAUACCAAGGCAUUUGCUUUGAAGGGUUGUCGUGCAAUGUUGGUCUUGCCUGCUACUGGAGAUGGUUUUGUACAUUGUGAUCUUGAAGAAGAUGGUCUACGGGGCAUUGCUUUGAUGAAUCUCAUUUUCAUUGGCCAUGCUUUUCUAGUUUUGAUCUUGGGUUUAGGUUUGGUUUGCUUAUUGUCAAGCAACAGGAAGUUUAGGUUCGGUGAGGCGAGUGGCCCGUUGUUGGCUGAGCUUGGACCAGGGACUAUGCUGAUUCGCUCGUCUCCUGAGAUUGAAAUGGACUGAAGCUGAUUAUGUUUUUGACGGGCAAUUUCGUAUGAAGAAAGUUUUCAUCUGGCUAUCAGCGUGUAAUGACGGCCUCUGAUGUAUAGCUGCUGCAAUUGUUUGUGCCGUGAUACUUUUGUUUCUAUGCAAGGCCUCACGAACUCCUGUCAAAGAAAAGAAGCACAAGACCACAUACAAUACAAUGAUACAAGUAAUUGGGGGAAUAUGUCUAUUGAAGUCCUGCACAAAAUACACCCAGAAUGUCCUUGCAUUCUAUUAAUAAGGCACGUUGUUGCUUAAGGUACGAUGUGAGGAGCAUUAGUUGGUAAAUUUGAUUAUUUUUGGCAUGUGGAUCGAACUUCCAUUAGUAUCCCCUAAUCACUGUGGUUGGGGCUGGUAUCUUCUGACACAAUGUGUUCUCCUUGGAAUUUGUAUCGUUCAUUGUUUUCUUUUCCUUUUCCAUCUAUACGUAGACAAUUAUUUGUAUGUUGUGUAGCUAGGAGCGGAUAACUGCUGGCCAAUAUUAGCUUACCUAGUACUAGCAGCUUUAUCACAGAAUAUUCCAUCUUAGCUGGAACUUUCCAAAGAAAUAGUUUACUAGCUGCACAAGCUGCAUAUGGUUAUGA